AUGGGUCUGCUGGUCUCCAAGCUAAUGGGUGUGUUCUCACAGUUUUCUCAAGAUCAGGCCAGGAUUUUGAUGCUUGGACUUGACGCUGCAGGUAAGACGACGAUACUAUACAAAAUCAAGCUGAACGAGAACGUGCACACGAUCCCUACUAUAGGGUUUAACGUGGAGACAGUCAGCCCGUGUAAGGGGAUCUCUUUCACAGUGUGGGACGUGGGCGGUCAGGACAAAAUCAGGUCUCUCUGGAGAUACUACUUCCAAAACACUGAAGGGUUGUUGUAUGUGGUGGACAGUGCUGACAGGGAACGUUUGGAAGAGUCUAGAUACGAAUUGUCCACAAUCCUGGAGAGUGACGAGAUGAGAGGCGUGCCUGUUGUUGUCAUUGCCAACAAACAAGAUCUGCCAGGGGCUAUGAGAACUUCAGAAAUUGCCGAUGGACUUCAUCUCACGAAGAUGCGGAAUCGCAAGUGGUACAUCCACGAAGCAUGCGCAGUGAAUGGUGAAGGCAUCUACGAAUCACUGAGUGAAAUGGCCAGUCUCGUGAAAGAGUUCAAAAAGUCUCACAGUGGAUAUUGA